CGCUUCAGUACCGUCCCGACCGCCGGCCCAGCCAGCUCCCCGUGCGUGUGUGCGUGCGGCCCGCGUGCCUACGACCGACCGACCGACCGGAGCACGACACGACCGUGCGUGCGUGCGUGCGAGAGGAUAGUGUGCGUGCACCAGGGUGCGCAACGCCGGCCCAAAUGUCGCGCCCAGGCCGACAUGGUUCAACAUAGCGUCUGCAUCGAGACUCCCGGGGAGGGCACGGAGGCCUCUGCCGCGGGCUGCGCGAGCGGUUCCGUCCUCGGUCGCGCCUCCUCGCCGGGCGGUGAGCAGGGCGAGGCUUCUGGCGAGGUCACCGACGCCGUGUCCGGGACCAUGGGGGGCUCCAUGAGCUGCCGGCGCUGCCAGCUGGCCUUCCCCAGCCGGCAAGACUUCCUCCGGCACGCCUGCGUCCGCGCCGACGCGCCCGAGGACGACGAGGACGACGACGUGAUGGACGACCGCGCGCCGCCACGCGAAGAGGACGACGGCGACGAGGAUGACGAGGACGACGAGGACGACAAGGAGGAGCACAAGCGGCAGCGCCAGCGCCAGGACGCACAGAACAACAAUAGCGUCGACGGCGAGGACAACGACGGGGCCGACGGUCCCGGCAUGGGUCCCGGACACGUAACCCUAGAGGCGCUGCAGCACACCAAGGUGGCCGUGGCCCAGUUCGCCGGGCCGCCUGCCGCCGGGGACAAGGGCGCCGCCAUACAGGAGCUGGCCGUGCUGCAGAACACACUCUUCACUCUGCAACAACAACAGGUGCUCCAGCUCAACCUCAUCCAGCAGCUCCUGGCCGCCGGCAAGGCUGACCACCAAGACGGCACGCCGCCGCUGGACGCGGCCGGGCCCGGAGCGGGUCUCCUGGCGCUGGCCGCGCAGGUGCCCGGCGCCGCAGUUCUGCUGCAGCAGGUGCAGGCCGCCCAGCAGCAGAUCGAGGCGCUCCAGAAGCAGGCCGAGCUCAAGGAGGAGGCCAUUCGGAGGUCGCCGUCGCCCGUCGGCAGCGAGCCCGCCCCGGCCACCACGCCCGCGCCGCCCACCGUCGCGCCGCCCGCCCUCAGCCCGAUGGCCCGCGAGUUGGAGCGGGAGCGGGAGAGAGAACGGGAGCGGGAGCGAGAACGAGAGAGGGAACGCGAACGAGACAUGCCCAUCAAGCACCCGGAGCACGACCCACACAACGCGCAGCACAGCGGCCUCCCGCCCUGCUCCGUGUCGGCCUCCUUCGCCUCCUCCAUCAUUACCAACCUGGACCCGCCACUCCCCGACGAGCCCAACACGCUCGAGAUGCUGCAGCGGCGCGCGCAGGAAGUCCUGGACAACGCCAGCCAGGGCCUUCUUGCCAACAACCUGGCCGACGAGUUGGCCUUCCGCAAGAAGGGCUCCCUGUCGCCGUACGACGGCAAGCGCACCGACCCCUUCUACAAGCACCGGUGCCGCUACUGCGGCAAGGUGUUCGGCUCGGACUCGGCGCUGCAGAUCCACAUCCGGUCCCACACGGGCGAGCGGCCCUACAAGUGCAACGUCUGCGGCAGCCGCUUCACCACAAAGGGCAACCUCAAGGUGCACUUUCAGCGGCACAGCGCCAAGUUCCCUCACGUCAAGAUGAACCCCAACCCCGUGCCGGAGCACCUCGACAAGUACCACCCGCCGCUGCUGGCGCAGCUCGGCCAGCUGGAGAACCUGCCGCCCGGAGUGCACCCGGGGCACCCCGGGCCGCCGCACGGACCACCCCACGGGCCGCCGCCCGGCCACCCCGCGCACAACCCCUUCCUGGCGGCCGCGGCCGCCGCGGCGGGGCACCUGGGCGGCGUGGGCGUGCCACCAGGUGUGCCCCCGGGCGUACCGCCGGGCCUGCCCGCGCUGUACCGGCCGGGCCACGGCCACGGACUGAUGCCUCCGCACACGCCCCUCAAGCCCAUGCUGCCCCUGUCGCUGUUCGGCCCCCGGCUCGAGCACCACGCGCACCAGGACGCGCCCGCCGACCUCAGCAAGCCCGCCGCGCCGUCACCCUUCCACUCGCCGCGCUCGCCUGCCAGCCCCGGCCACUCCCCGCGGCCCCGCUCCAGGGCCUCCAGGGGGUCGCCGCCCCUCAACCUCCAGCAGCAGCGCCACGCCUCGCGCUCGCGAUCCAGGUCGCCGUCGCGAGAGCGGUCUCCCAGCCCCUCGCAGCGGUCCGUCAAGCAGGAGGACCACGACGUGGACAGCGACCGCGAGGACGCCAAGCAAGACAUGGAGCUCAGCCGGGAACUGAGUCGAGAGCUGAGUCGCGACCUCAGUCGUGACCCCAGUCGAGACCUCAGUCGGGACCCCAGUCGAGACCGCAGUCGAGACCGCAGUCGGGACCCCAGCCGAGAACCGAGUCGAGACCUCAGUCGGGAUCUUAGUCGGGACCUUAGUAACCUUAGUCGAGAUCUCAAUCAAGAACUCACUCGAGACCUCAAUCGAGACCUUAGUCGUGACUUGGCGCGCGAGCUGGCCCCCAAGACCGAGCUGGACGACGAGCAGCGGACGGACCGCAGCGAGGUGGGCGACAUGGACGUGGACAUGCCCUACGACGACUGCAGUCUCGACAGCCAGUCCAAGUACAGCGACGACGAGCUGAUGACCGACGAUCAGCCCGAAAACCUUUCCUCCAAGCCCACCGUCUGGCCAUCGCGGGGGCUGUUCCCGCACGCCGUGUCGCCGCCCAGCAGUACCUCAUCGGGGAGCCACACGCCGCGCACGCCGCUAGGCACGCCCGUUGGCACGCCUGUCGGCACGCCCAACAUGGGCCUCCCCAUCGACAUCGACCCCACCAAGGACCCCAUGCUGUACAACAGUCUGUUACCGCGGCCAGGCAGCAACGACAACUCGUGGGAGUCACUCAUCGAGAUCACCAAGACGUCCGAGACGAGCAAGCUGCAGCAGCUGGUCGACAACAUCGAGCACAAGCUGACGGACCCCAACCAGUGCGUGGUGUGCCACCGCGUGCUCUCGUGCAAGUCUGCGCUGCAGAUGCACUACCGCACCCACACGGGCGAGCGGCCCUUCCGCUGCCGCAUCUGCGGCCGCGCCUUCACCACCAAGGGCAACCUCAAGACGCACAUGGGCGUGCACCGCAUCAAGCCGCCCAUGCGCGUGCUGCACCAGUGCCCCGUCUGCCACAAGAAGUUCACGAACGCGCUCGUGCUGCAGCAGCACAUCCGGCUGCACACGGGCGAGCCCACCGACCUCACACUUGACCAGAUUCGCGCCGCCGAGAUCCGCGACUUCCCGCCGCUGCCCGGCUACCCGCUGCCCUUCCUGCCCGCGGGCUUUCCGCCCAUGGCCGGGCUGGGCCCGCAGCACCCGCUGCACGCCAUGAAGCGCGAGAUGCGGGAGCAGCAGCGAGAGCGCGAACUCCAGCGCGAGCAGCAGCGCGAGAUGGACCGCGAGGACGAGCGCGACAGGGAGCGGGACCGCGAGCGCGACCGUGAGCGCGACCGCGAGCGGGAGAGGGAGCGCGAGAAGGAGCGGGACCGGGAGAGGGACCGUGAGCGCGAGCGCGACCGUGAGCGCGACCGGGACAGCCAACACGGGGAGGACGCUGCCAGCACCUCCAGCCGGUCGGGCACCCCCCAGCAGCAACCGCUGCAAACCACCCACCAUCCGCCCAGCCUGGGCAGCAUGAUGCCCAACUUCUCCACCUCGCUGGCCGCGCUGGAGAAUCAGGUCCGCACCAUCACCACCAUGGCCUCGCAGAUGCGCACCGGCGAGGAGCUCAACCUCAGCACCAAGCGGCCGUCCGUCGUGGUCAACGGCGACCGGUCGCCGGCGGCCGCCAGCCGCGGCGCGAGCCCCGGGCCGCGGGCCAGCCCCGCCGGCUCCGAAGACCGCCAGUCCCGGGCGAGCAUGUCGCCGCCGCAGCCGCAGCACAUGCAGAGGCCGCCGUCGUCGCAGCCGCCCGCCAGCCCCAGUCCGUCGGAGAGCGGGUCGCUGGGCGCGCUGGACCUCACCCCCAAGUCGAGCGGCAGCCACGGUAGCCUGGGCUCCAGCCUGGGCUCAAGCCCGCCGGGCCACGCCGCCAUCCCCGUGCCGUCGCUCGGCCCGCCCCCGGGGCUCUUCUCCGGGUUCGGACUCCUGCCGCCGCACGUCGGCGCCGUCGCCACCGGCUCCUCGGUGUCCCCCGGGGUGCUCAUGACGUCGGCGCUGUCGUCGCUCACCUCGUCCGUCCUGACCUCGACGGCGUUCAGCCCCAUGGGGUUCCCGAUGUCCCCGGCCG